AAUGGCCACACAUGGAAAUGAGAACCUGCGGAGGACCCAUGGUUAAUUGACUUUUGGUCAGAGCCAAUACCAGCCCCUGACCAGAGUCCAGCGAUGGCUCCAGUCCCUGAGUCUGCUCCAGAGUCCACUCCAGCUGUAUUUUUAUUUAUUAGUUUUUUUUGUUAGUGGGUCAAUACAACCAAAUACAAUACAACCAAUUGAAUUGUCAUAAUUUACUCAACUUUAUGUGGUGCCAAAACCCAAACAGUAAAGGGAGUUCUAGUUUGUACCGUAAAUGUAAUGUUGAAUAGUAAUUAAUUAACUAGAUCUUUAAAAGUAAUGAUCUUUGAUCUUUGAAAGAUUGUUAAACAAACCUUCACUCACAUAUACUGUAUAAAUAGAUGUUGGCAUGCAUAUCAAGGACAAAGGCUGCGCUUAUGGUUGGAUGACUUGAACUCCAUUUAACAAAGUUAACCUGGUAGAUUUUCGAUUAUACACGAUGACAGGUACUAUGAAUAGACAGGUUUUUCAGGUGCUUGGGCCAAUCAUGCUAACCCUCCUGCUGACGACUGUCCCAGUUGUUCAAAGCGGGAAGGUUCUUGUCUUUCCUGUGGAUGGCAGUCAUUGGGUCAACAUGAACAUCUUGAUUGAAGCACUUCAUGCCAAAGGUCACAAUGUUACAGUCAUUCGGAUGGCAGACAGCUGGUACAUCAAAGAAUUCUCUCCUCACUACACAUCCAUCAAUCUCAAGUCUGAUGGAGGAUUUAAUGAAGAAUUCUUCAAGAUGUUUGCAUCCAGUCUACUGGGAAUACUGAGAAAGGGUUCAAUCUGGGCUCGCCUGAAGCUGGAGAUAGAAAUGUGGCAAAGUUUUUUAUGGAUACUUGAAACAGAAAACAAGAUGAUCAUAGACAUGUUUGAAGACCAGCAGAUAAUGCAGUCAAUAAAAGAUGCCAAAUAUGAUUUGAUUCUUACAGAUCCAGUCAGGUUUGGAGGGGUCAUAUUGGGUCAUUAUCUCAAACUGCCCAUUGUCUACAAUGUCCGUUGGACAGUUUACAGUGAGGCUCAUUUUGCAAUAGCUCCACUUUCUUAUGUUCCUUCACCAAUGCUGGAGUUAUCAGACCGCAUGAGUUUCUUGGAAAGAGCGAAAAAUGUUGUGAUGUACAUCAUUUCAGAAGUACAGCUAGCUAUCAUGAUUAAUCCAAAUUUUAAUGUACUUUGUGAACGCUUCAUUGGCCCAGGAACAUCCUACUUUACCUUAGUUCAGAGUGCUGAUCUGUGGCUCCAUAGAGUUGAUUUUGUUUUUGAAUUCCCGCGUCCCACUAUGCCAAACAUCGUCUACAUGGGAGGUUUUCAGUGCAAGCCAUCAAAGCCUCUUCCACAAGAUCUGGAGGACUUUGUGCAGAGCUCUGGAGAGCAUGGUGUCAUCAUCAUGUCUUUGGGCACUCUCAUUGGUCAGCUUCCUGAUGAUGUGGCAGAGGCAAUUGCUGAAGCUUUUGCAGAACUUCCACAGAAGAUCAUCUGGAGGUACAAAGGAAAGAGACCAUCUGCACUUGGGAACAACACCUUAAUGAUGGACUGGAUGCCUCAGAAUGAUCUUCUGGGUCAUCCUAAAACCAGAGUCUUUGUGGCACAUGGAGGAACCAAUGGAAUUCAAGAAGCCAUCUACCACGGGGUACCAACCAUUGGAUUUGGGCUGAUUUUUGACCAGCCUAAUAAUCUUGCAAAGAUGAGAGUAAAGGGUGUAGCCAAGAAUGUAGACUUUGCCACAGUGGAUAAGGAGUCCUUCCUUAAAACUGUCAAAGAGGUCCUUUAUGAGCCCUCUUAUCGGGAGAACAUGCAGAGGCUCUCAAGGCUUCACAAGGACGUCCCAGUGAAGCCUCUGGACAAUGCCAUCUUCUGGAUUGAGUUUGUAAUGAGGCACAAAGGUGCCGCUCACUUGCGCACAGAGUCGUACAAAAUGCCCUGGUACUCUUAUCACUCUGUUGAUGUCAUGCUGUUCCUGCUUUCUGCUGUGUCACUCAUAAUCAUGACCAUAUAUAUGGUUAUCAAGUAUUUCUGCUGCAGAAUGAGAAAAACAAAAAACAAGCUACAAUAAUGAGGAUUAAAAUGUAAUAGUGCAAUGUAGCAUUUGCCUUUCUUGCAUUACUUUCCGACUUUCCGUUUUGUCAGAAAAUACAAUGAAAUCUUUUAACCUUGCAUUGUGUUAUGUGAACAUUAUACAACAUUUGGUCUAUCUAUCUAUCUAUCUAUCUAUCUAUC